CAUUAGCCAUUGGGCGAUCGAUGGCGGGCUUUUCUGGACUAUAAGUCCCAAUAUCACCAUUACAUACACGCCAAACAAACAACUACACCCAGCAACGGGCAGGGUCCUGCGCAAGCGGAACCUGGCCACCAGAGUUCCAGCUGCCUAGGCUCUACCAUAACGACGUUUUCAGAGUUAGUUCUCUUUCGAGAUGAGUGGAAGCAUGGCUGAAGGUAUUUCUACCUCGCUCCAGACCUGCCCUCCGGAUCCUCUGAGGCUGAAAGCCACUGAGGACUUCCCAUCUCCCCCAUGUCUUUCUCAUCUGCAUGUGAAUGAUCCGGGGCUUACACCUUCCCCUGGGUCCCAGCUGCAGCAUUCCAUCGAUGCCUCCCGAGAUGGAGGACACGGCCAGCCCGUUGAAGAAGCGAAGUCCAACUCAGUCGACCAGCACGUCACGCCCACUCACGCGGACCAACCCGAGGAGGUCAAAACCGACUUGACACAUAAGGGGAACGGAAACACCAUUUCUGGCGGUCGAAAUGAAUCGCGCCUGUCGGAAGACUUGUCGACGAAAACCUCCACGCCGGAGAUUCACGAUUCGCCUGCUGAGCCAUCCACAGAGGCAGCGGAGGACUUGUACGAUCCGUUAUUCGACUCUGAGCUCAUGUUCCAUGAACUUGAUGCGGCAUUUGAUUCACGCAAGCGAGCUGGCACAGAAGCAUUUGAGGAGUCCGACCUCUGGCAGCAGACUUUUAAGAGGCAGGCUCUGGAAUCCAAUCGGGAUGAGACUACGAUAUCUCCAGAUAAAACCCCGUCUUUGCUGUCCCUCGACUCGACUUUGCAACCUGACCGAAGCGGAACUGGUCCCCAUACGCCGUUAGACCCUGAUCAACCGACGCCUGCGACUUUGUUUGAAGCGUUAGGUCCGUUCUUCGACCAAUCGCCUUUCGAUGUGCCUAUGGGGCUGUCAUACGAUGGAUUGCCGGAUUUCGACUUUGACGAGCUCAGCCAGGAGCUUGCCGGAGUUAAGCCACCCACUAGCACCGAUAUCGUCCCUCAAGACACCCCAUCGAUCAGCGAGGCCACCAAACAGCGGUUUCUCAUUGAUGAUCAGGAUCUCAUUGACAGCACAAGUCGCGAGGUACUACAGCGUGUGUGCGAACAGCCGCCAUACAUCUCGCCAUAUCCAACCUAUGCCGGACCUCUGGGUUACCUGCCGUCUGCUCCUAACAUCCACGUCCGAUGUAUUGAGGUCGCAGAAGACCGAGCCAACUUCCGCCUGUCCACACUGAAAAGCCGAGUGCAGCAGCUUUCGGUGGAACGGCAUAAGCUAAGGACCAAAUUGGACCAUUUGACGGAAAUGAGCACAGUUGACAGGCGAACGGGAAAGACGCAGUACGAAAUGCUACGAGAUGAGAAUGCAAUGCUUCGACGGGUUUGCACUCAGCACAAGAACAGGGUGGAGCAGUACAAGAAGGAAACUCUUGAAUGGAAGAGCAAGCUCCAUGAGCUUGGCACGGUCUACAACCAUCUCUUAUAUGAGAUCCAGGUACAGAAGCAGGUGCCAGCGGUGACUGGAAUCCCAACUGGAUACAAACCUCCUCGAGAGUUGCAGCCAAAACCGAACCAGCAAGCUUCUGCACAAGCACUCACCGGCAUUGGGCCCCAUUCAGCCGGUCCCGCAACCACCGUCCCCCAAGCACCUUCUCACCACCCCGUCGCUCCCAGUCCGCCCAACCCCGAACCGGUGACGAUCGACCUGACUGCCGACGACCCACCGGUCAGGGUAAGCCCAACCCCGGCCGAAAAGCAGCGGCAAGCGGAGAUGUUGCAAUCCCUCCGCAGCAAAAAAUACACUUGGCUGACGGACGCUGACGCGGUCGAGCGCCACAGCGGUAGCCCCCGCCCGCGGCAAGACUUUUGUCCCGGUGGGCCUCAGGCCCUGGAACUGGGGGCCGAACGGAUCCGCAAACUCCCCGCCUCCGGGCUUGCGUCAGCCGAUCGCCUCGAACCCUCCGAUCACACUGGCAGUGACGAUUUGGCUCGUAUGAUGGAGGCAGAGCUAGCACAGGGCUGAUGGAUGGCAUCCGAUGAACAGCGGAUUGAUCCCUUUUUUUUGAC